CAGCGUAUGUACAUUUCAAUCAAGGGACGAAGCGCACGCACGAGUGGUCCUGGCAGGUUGGGGAGCAAAAAUCCGUAUGAGUGGAGUGAGUGCAUUGGCAGGCAGGGUGAGAUGCGUGGACAGACAGUCAAGCAGCGAUCCAUGCUGUGUGGGGCUUCUUGCGUGUCAGUCAGCGUGCCUGUCUGUCUGCCAUGCCGUGCGACCCUCCUCCAUACAAAACCAGGGGAUGCCGUGCCACUCGAUCGACUCAACGCCGAGCGGAUAAGCGUUCCCUCAUGCUGACGGAGGAAGAUCACACGCUGACAGACAGACUUCCGUACGACACACACAUGAGAACAGGACGGGCGCCCCUUCCCUUGACUUCAUCGCAGGCAAAACACCCUCAGGCAGAGAGACGGGGGCAGCAUGGAGAGCCAGGCAGACACAGACAGAUAGAGAGCUUAGCUUCCACCAAAAGGCUGAUAGAUAGAGUGAUUGAUGGCUAACAAAUAGGGCGGACAUACAGGUGGCGCCACAGACAGCACACGACACACGGCACAUACACUCCACUGGCCUGAAUGAGCAUAUGCGUGAAUAGUAUAUGACUCAUUCGCUGACUCCCUCAUCACUGUGUAUGUUGAUGUACACACACUGCUGAUAUUUCUCGGGAAGACACAUGCUCACCUGGCUUGCUGGCUGGCUGGAAAAAACCGUUCUCGGCAGGACAGGCAGGCAGGCAGGCAAAACAACAAACUCUUAUCCAUCCAUCCAUGCGCCAAAUCCGGCAAGAGGCCGCUGUCCGGUGCUGUCAUGACCACCUGGGUAUGUUUUGGCUGCCCCCGUCCCCCAUGCUGCCGCUGCCCUUGGGGAUCUCCGAGCUGUCGCCGCCGCCCUCCUCCUCCUUGAGGGCAUUCAUGAUGGCCGCCUUGGCUAACCGAUACGCACGCGCACGAUCCAACAGACGAUAAAUGUACCUGAUGAGAGGAAAACAAAGGCACGUAUGUAUGCAUUCACUGGUCAUUCAUCUAUCGGACUGUGGGUGUUAGCUCAUGGCUACCGGAGUCGUUCGGCUGUGUCAGUGGUCUGCAAGAGAUACUGCUUGUGCCGAACACUGCACACACAGAGAUCACACGAACACGGCAAAGAGGGGAGGGAUGGAUGCCGGUCUUGCUGCCAUGGCCAUGCGGUGAGUGCAGUGCAAAGUUCUGACCUGAGUCCGGUGAGCAGCUCGCUAAGAUCGAAUGAUGUGCGCACCAGAUGCUCCCACGUUCGCGGCUGGGGCAGCUGCUUCCGACGCUCCUCAGGACUGACCAAAUCAACACAUCACACAUACAUGUGCGACAGGGGCGUGGGGUGAGAGCAAAGAGAUCAUGUAAGUGUGCGCGUUACCGUAAGUUUUGAGUGUGGUUGAGGUUGAAUGUGUCUGUGUCGAUGUUGAUGAUGGACGACACGAUGUCCCACACGUCAUCCUCCAACGACACCAAGGCUGCACAACGACCAACACACGGACAACGUGCGUGUGUGUCAUGCCUGGCUCGUCUUGCUGGCGUUACUGUGAGUGUCGUUGGUUGGGUUGUCCUCGAUCGGCUCCACCAGACCGCUGCACCAGGACAGAUGCCGACACAUCGAAUGCACGAAUGCAGGUGUGGUGUGGGUGUUCUGUGCACAUGAUGUGUGUACCUCAUGUAGUCUUUGGAGUAUCGGUCGCUGUCCCUCAUAAUUUUGAGCAGCUUAAACCUCUGAAUACCCUGACCGCGGAUAUGAUACAAACUGACCACACGCACAAAGCACACAACACACAUACAUAAAUGACAUGGACAGAUUCACUUCUUGCCUACCUUCCAUCGGGCCUGAGUAGGUUAAAGUCCUCCACCCUGAUGAUGGUGCCUAUCCUGCUGUACCGCUGCGCCCUCGGCUCCUGCCCUGCCUGCCCCGGCGCCACCUUCUCAGGCAGCAGCAUCCCAAAACAAAAGUCACCCGGCUUCUGCAAAGCCUCCUCGUCUUCGUUCUCGCCAGUGCUGCUGUCGAAGGACGAGCCGCCCUCACUGCUGAACUGCUUGGCGCGAGCUGAUACAGGGAGGCAGGGAGGGAGGGAGGGAGGCAUAGGAAGACACUUGUGGACAUGGUUGAUUGCGUGGCCUUUCCGUCGUUUCUUGCGUACGUUGUCUGGUGAUGUCUUUGAGCAGCUUGAUGUACCUCGGCUCGAACAAAAGGAGAGUCUGAUUUUGGUACGGAAAGACGAUCGUCUCGAGAGGGAAGAGCGGCAGUUCGCGGGCCUUGCCAGUCGAGAAGACGUCAAAAGACAGCGUGGGGGGGUUCUCGGGGUCAUACCACUCAAUCUGCACAACAACCACACACCACCCGACACGGACACACGUAACCCUACCGCCAUGCCACCUCCCUCCCUCGCCUUGGCUGACCUGAGGAUUCUCCAGCUGGUCAGCCAGGCUCUCUUCUUUAGCAGGGCCUGCCUUGGCUCCCGCGGCGCCCGCAUCACCCUUGCCGUCUUGCCUGCCCUCGCCAGAUGCCUCGCCGCUCGGCUGCGCAUCUUCAUUGCCAGACCCUUGAUCUGACUCCGACUCAUUCUCCAAUCCGCCGGCGGCGCUGAGCACCAGCCUGCUGGGGCGUAGCCUCAGCCGAUGCCGCGCACCCCUCCGGCUGCUGCCCAGAUCCCUCAGCGUUGCGCCUGGCACAAAAAGUGUUUGACGGUGGGAAAAAGAGCCGCAGAACUCGAGCAGUUGAAACAGGGAUAGAACGGCGAGAGGCCACAUGCCCUCUGUUGCCGAACGCAUCACUUCCUC